AUGCGUCGUAGAGCUGACUUAAUAAUGGAUAACGAAGACGAGACCGUCACUCUGGACGGUUCGCGGAAAAUCACUCGAAACAGCAUUCACAGCGUCCCUGUACUUAUCUCAUUUGGGCUGAUUGCGGUCCUGUUGGGCCUCUACGGCCUUGUGUACACAAUUGACAGCAGCUUGCCCACCCCCUUGUACCUCGCAGACGAGAAGAGCCACCCGGACGCCUUCAUCACCGAACGCGCCCGUCAUGACUUAAAAUUUCUGACUGACUUGGGCCCCCGUGUGGCCGGGGGCUACGAAAGCGAAGUCCUGGCUGCAAAUUUUUUCCAGCGCGAGAUCAACAUUAUUAUGCAAAAAGCUCACAAGAACCACCGAAUUGAGUUAGAUGUCCAAGUAGUCACAGGGUCUCAUUAUAUCGAAAUGAAGCCCCACGGGAAAUUCGUCCCUUACUCAAACUUGCAAAACAUUGUCGUGAAAGUUUCCGGAAAAACAAACGCGAGUGUUUUGAUCAACGCACACUUUGAUUCGGUCCCGACAAGCCCCGGAGGGAGCGACGAUGGGAUAAACUGUGCCGUGAUGUUGGAAGUUUUGCGCAAAAUAACACAAGAGCCCCAACGGCCGUUAAACAAUUUGGUUUUUCUGUUCAACGGGGCGGAGGAGACGGGGCUGCAGGCCGCCCACGGGUUCAUAACCCAGCACAAGUGGGCCAGAGACUGCAAAGUCGUGAUAAACCUCGAGGCUGCGGGGGCCGGCGGGAAAAUAAUUUUAUUCCAGACGGGGCCCCACGCCCCCUGGUUGGUCAACCACUACAAGAAGGUGCCCCACCCGUACGGGCAAGCCGCCGGCGAGGAGAUUUUCCAAAGUAAUCUGGUGCCGUCCGACACCGAUUUCCGGAUUUUCCGGGAUUAUGGAGGAUUAGUGGGCCUGGAUAUGGCGUUUUUCAAAUACGGCUACCGCUAUCAUACCAAAUACGACGACUUCGAGCACAUUCCGCUCGGGUCGUUCCAGCACGUCGGCGAUAACACUUUGCAUUUGGUCCGCAGUUUGGGGAAUGCACCUGAAGUGGCGAAUCCCAAGGAUAAUCCCGGAAAAUCGGUCUAUUUUGAUUUUCUGGGAUUUACGAUGGUUUCGUACACGCAAACCGUCGCAAUUGUCGUUAACUCAAUUGUGGGGAUUUUCUCACUGGGGAUAUUUGUUUUAAGUAUUCACAAUUUCAAGUUGGGGUAUAAUCGACAGACUCUUAAAUAUUUAGCGAUGACUUUCGGGGCUAUUAUCGGUGGGUGGGUUUUAGCAGCGAUUUUUGCCGUUUUGUUGGCACUCCUUGUUGACAAAAUCGGGUAUUCCAUGAGUUGGUACGCCAAUCCGUGGCUGAUUUUCGGACUUUAUGCAGCGCCAACCGUUGCACUUUCGACUGUUUUGUUGCCGUUCAUCAGCCAAAAGAAUUUGACUCACAACGUGAAAGCACAAAUACAAGUGCACUCCGUGCGUGUUAUCUGGACUGUGAUAAUGAUUCUUGGGACCAUUUUACAAAUCAGAGCAAUGUAUGCACUCUUAGUGCCCGUAUUGUUCAAUACUCUAGGAUUCAUAAUAAUUUACAUGUUCCGAAUUCAACACACAAUACGAAGAUGGCAAGUCAUUUAUGUCAUCAGUUUGGUAAUCCCAACGAUGUUUCUGAUGUACACAACUUUAACGACUUUAUCACUUUUUAUCCCAGUUACCGGGAGAAUUGGACCUGAUAAAAAUGCUGACCUUUUAAUCGGACUUCAAGGACUUCUAUUUACAGUUUUAAUCACCUCGCCUUUCGUUGCCCUUGCAACACUUGUACGGAAUUUCAAAUACGUGCUGUAUUUUUUGACAGGAAUUUUUAUUGUCAGUUUUAUCAUAAUGUUGACACCUCUGGGAUUCCCCUAUAGUGGUAAUCGGGAUUCGCCGGCUCCUGAACGUUACUGGAUUUUGCACACACGUCGUGUUUUUCACGACGAAAAAGGAGUCGAAACUAAACGCGACUCUGGUUAUUUUUUCCUCAACAUGGAUAGAAAUUCGCCACAAAUCGUCAGUAAAUAUGUGAAAGACCUUGCAAGGGCUCGACCUUUGACCGAAGACUGCAAGCAAUAUUUAUUGUGUGGUUUACCCCUAGUUCAUUCGAAAAUGGUUCAAAUAAUUGAGUUUAGUACAUGGAUCCCUGCCGGUCAGCCAGUAUUACCCGAACCGACCAAACUCGAAGUAUUAUCAAAAGAAAAAAUCUCGACUGAUGUUUUACGCUAUGAUAUUCAAGUGACAGGUCCGGACCGCAUGGGCCUCUACUUUUCGCCCAAAUUCGGUGUAAAAGUACUAAAUAUAAGUCUUGUCGACAAAAUGCCCUCAGAUUCGGCGAAAUGGAAUGAUCGCGAUUUGUAUUUUAUCAUCCACAUUUACGGCAAAGAGGCAGCUCCUCUCAGGUUUAGCUUCGACGUGCGAGUCCCGCCGAACAUUACCGAAGUCACGACCGAGAUCGCCAUUUCGGGCAUUUUCGUCCACGACGAGAAAAACCGAAAAGUCCCCCACUACGCCCAACUCAUCAACUCGUUUCCCGAUUGGGCGGACGUGACCGCAUGGCUCGGUUCCUACGAAUCAUGGUGGAUUUAAAAAAUGAGAUGGACCAGUGAACAAAUUUUAUUUGAUGUUAAUUAAAUGUAUGACAAUAAAAUGUCGCUGAAUUUUAUGUAAAAGUUAAACCGAAAUAAAACAGGAUCGAUGUCCGGAUCCAGUGACUUUGGGCUUA